AGGAGUACAAAAAAAAAAGACUAACACGGAAGUAGGAUUGUAGACGACUUUAUUUUCCAUUGCUUAUGUGGAGAAAAUAAGAUCCCCUGGCUGAACGGAAUAGGCUGCACAACUAUAAUUCGACUAAAAAUGUCUAAACUACAGUUGUUGCAUGUGUUUUUAAAUGAGCGUUUAACGGCGGCUGUUGUGGAGAUUGUCGGGGCAGUUGAGAAAACGGUAGCGGAGUACCAGGAGGAAAAUGAUCGGCUACGGAGAAUGCUGCGGAUCACACAGGAGAUAAAACUAUGUAAAAUAGGCUCCCUGCCUCUCUCUCUUGCUGGAUCUGAAGAGGCGGUUCCCCCUGAGCAGCAGCACUGUGAGCAGGAGUGGAAUCCCAGUUUGGGGCAGGAGGACCCAAAGCCCACACAGAUUAUAGAGGAAGAGCAGAUUCAAGGGCUGGAGCCUGAUAUCAUAGAGUUCAAAUUCACUCCUUCCUGUGUGAAAAGUGAAUGUGAUCAGGAGGACCCACUUUGGUCCUUGACUCUUCCUAAAACCCAGAUUGUGGAGCACGUAGAUAUUGACUCUAAACAAGUGGAUCCUGAACCUUUUGCCACUGUGACCCACCUAAAGGGUUUCGAAAUUUCCUGUGACCCUCCAGAUAAUCAGAACAAUGCCUCCAUCCACAGCUCAGCCAUAAGAAGCAACCCAGUAGGACUUGACAGCAGCCCACCAUUGGAUCCCAGCCCACCAUUGGCUCCGACCCCACCAAUGGAGAAACCCUGCAACUUCCCCUUUUAUGGCAAGACAUUCAAACAAAAAGGAAAUCUGUCCAUGCACAUGAGUAUUCACACAGGAGAGACACCAUUUAGCUGUGGUGACUGUGGGAAGUGCUUUAUUCAGAAGGGGGACCUAAGAAGACAUAUACUGACUCACACAGGAGAGAAACCAUUUAGCUGUAAUUUUUGCAGUAAAAGCUUCAAUCAGAAGGGGGACUUAAGGAGGCAUAUACUGACUCACACAGGAGAGAAACCGUUUAGCUGUGGUGACUGUGGGAAAAGCUUCAGUCAGAAGGGCGACCUAAGGAGGCAUAUACUGACUCACACAGGAGAGAAACCAUUUAGCUGUGGUGACUGUGGGAAAAGCUUCCGUCUCAAGGGGAACCUAACCACUCAUACACUCACUCACAAAGGAGUGAAACAACAUGGCUGUGCAGUCUGUGGUUUAAGAUUCACUCAUAAGGCGUAUCUGCUGAAGCAUGUGCAUAAAGUCCACAAAGAAAGAAAACAGGAUGAAAACUGAAAGGAAAGACAAUUAGGACAAAGACAUCUGUCAGAAGAUGGGAAUAAAAAAAACAGGAUGUGUAUAACACUCCUAGGAAAGCAAAGCAACUCUGGAUCAUUCAUGUUCUGCGUUACAGAUAAAUAGAUGUGUGAUUCA